AAGAGAAGACCCCAUCCCCGCUGUGGGUAUGAUUCACAGAAGAGCUCGACACAAGCAUAACUGCCAAGCCGGUACCAAAGGCUAUCGACGUAUCUGAUGUCGGGCCAUGCACCGUUGACAACCCCACGAGGUGAAGACGGGAUGGCAGGAGAGCGUAGGAAUUGAAGCUUAAAAACAGAGUUGACCAAUUGAGGGCCUUGAAGAGGAUGGUGAAACGUCGAGGCGCAGAGGCUUGGCAGCCCUACACCCUGUCGGUCUCGAGACUGUAUCGAAACCCGCUCGGUAUCAACGACGACAUAUCUCGGGUCUUUCGCAACGUCGAUCGUGAGAGAUGGCCAUUUUGGUAUGGUUCAACGUUGUAUUAACAUGCUUAAGUUGAUAAGACAUAGAACAAAAACUGGGACAUGUGGACCACACCCAAGGAGAAAAAAAAUCCGAUGUCAUAGCAACCGGUGGUAAAAGGUGCGACUUCACACCCAUAGACCACCAAAAUGUUUUAUGGUACGACUUUUGGCAGGUCUAAGCCUCGAUGUUACCAAUGCGACAGCAAAAUCAAAAAUUCUCGUCUGAGGCAAGCUCUCGUCUGAAGGCUCAGACGGCAUAUGCCAGAAUCAGCUGGACGCGCUUUCCCAUCUCCAGCGCACUCAUGAGACGCGGCUAGCUGGAUUAAUGAGGCUCUUCAUCUGGAUGAUGGAUGUAUAACAUGUCGCGCGACACGAGAAUGUGUGAGAUUUGCAACCAGGAAAGCCGUAACGAAAGAUGCUCCGAAUAUGUGACUCUUCAUAUGCAAUUCAAUGAAACAGAGCUGGGGGAAUGUGCAGACGAACGAUCAACCUCAUGAUGUGACUGAUGUGCCUAAAAACCCGGGCGAAUGUAACCAGAAAACGCUACACAUCAAUGAAGCUCUUCAUGUGUGUCACAGACGAGGAUCCGCAAUGGAAGCGGGAGGCAUGACCCAGCUAGAGGCCAUCGGAAGGAUAGAUAUAUGGUAACGAGAUUUCCUGACUCGAGAGGCAGCGGUGAUGGUAUCGAUUCUGUUUGAUUCUGGCCAUCAAACAUCCUCGACAUGUUCACGACGAAGAUGUUGAGUCGGGUGUUGCCAAGGUACAAAGCUGGAGUCAGGAACUGGUGGAAAGAAGUUCGGGCUUGACGAGGUGAGGCUGAGGUCGCACCAGCCACUCCAGUCCAGUUCCUCCCCAGCCACACCAGACCGUAUCGCACCAUUCCUAUCGCAGACUAGCGCUCGCUUAGUUGAUCUAACCAAUGGGUGAAGCUUCAGUCGGUGAAAAAUAAAAUUUCUUGAAGCUUCACCAUCAAGGCCCAAAUAUCUCUACACGCCAAUUGUCCCCAACACCACAAAUUGAGAUGGCAUACACACCAAGAGGAGGUCGCGGCGGAGGAGAUCGAGGAGGACGAGGAGGAUUUGGCGGUGGACGCGGUGGUGAUAGAGGCGGACGAGGCGGUUUCUCGAGAGGUGGUGGCAGAGGAGGUCGAGGCGACAGCAGAGGCGGUCGUGGUGGUGGACGAGGCGCACCUCGCGGAGGUCGUGGUGCACCGAGAGGACGUGGAGGAGCUGGAGCAAAGGGUGGCGCAAAGACCAUCAUUGUAAGCUUGAUUCCUCGGCUCGCGAGAUCGCAAAUUCUAAUCUACGCAGGAACCCCAUCGUCAUGCUGGUAUCUUCGUCGCUCGUGGCAAGGAAGACAUGUUGGUGACCAAGAACCUUUCCCCCGGCGAGUCAGUCUACGGCGAGAAGCGCAUCAGCGUCGAGAACUCCGGUCCAGCCAACGCAGACGGAACCCCAAGUGUCACCAAGGUCGAAUACCGUGUCUGGAAUCCUUUCAGAAGUAAGUUGGCAGCUGGUGUCUUGGGUGGUCUGGAUGAGAUAUUCAUCAAGCCUGGAGCAAAGGUCCUUUACCUCGGUGCUGCCUCUGGAACCUCCGUUUCUCACGUCGCUGAUAUCGUUGGGCCUACCGGAACUGUGUUCGCUGUUGAGUUCUCCCACCGCUCUGGUCGUGAUUUGAUCAACAUGGCCACUCACCGCACAAACGUUAUCCCAAUUAUCGAGGAUGCCCGUCACCCGCUCAAGUACAGAAUGUUGGUUUCCAUGGUCGAUGUUAUCUUCGCAGAUGUUGCCCAACCUGAUCAGGCCCGUAUUGUUGGAUUGAACGCACAUUUGUUCUUGAAGGUUGGUGGUGGUAUCGUUGUUUCCAUCAAGGCAAACUGUAUCGACAGUACCGCUGCACCAGAAGCUGUUUUCGCCAGAGAGGUCCAGAAGUUGAGAGAGGAGAGAAUCAAGCCCUUGGAGCAGUUGACUUUGGAACCCUUCGAGAGAGAUCAUUGUGUUGUUGUCGGUCGCUACGUACGCUCUACUACAUAG